AUGGUUGCUCCCGAAGCCAUCAAGCCGUGGCUUCGUGCCGCUCCUUCAUCCUACCUCCUCAUCAAUGCCAACAUCGUCGACGUACGCAACGGCACAGUCCUCAAAGAGUCGUCAAUUGCAAUUGAAGAUGGCAUAAUCAAAUCCAUCACCCCGAACGCUGCUUCCACGACACCCAAUCCAUCAUCAAAAGUCAUCGAUUGCAAGGGCAAAUAUCUAUGCCCCGGCCUCUUCGAUGCUCACGUUCAUUUAAUGGCAGUCCCCGGCUUCACAGACUUAUCCAAAGCAUUCGGAAACCCAAAUGAUGUGCACCUACUCCGCCAACCAUAUGUAUGCGCUCAAAUGCUGCAUCGGGGGUUCACCUCCGUGCGAGACUGCGGAGGCGCACAUUUGGCUCUUAAAGAAGCUAUUGAAGAUGGCGUAUGGCCUGGACCUAGGCUCUUUAUUGCGGGCUACGCACUGAGUCAAGCAGGUGGUCAUGCCGAUUACCGUGGGCCACACGAUCACAACCAAUGCUGUGGUUUAGCCACCACGGGGCUCGGAAGAGUCUGCAACGGCGAAGCUGAGUGUAUGACUGCUGUACGCGAAGGGAUCCGAACAGGCAGCGAUUUUAUCAAAAUCAUGGCCUCGGGCGGCGUUUCCUCCCCGACAGAUAAGUUGGAGCAUUUACAGUUCACUCCGCGCGAGAUUCGCGCCAUGGUGGAGUGCGCCGAUCAAGCUGGGACGUUUGUCACGGCGCAUGCGUAUACGCCUAAGGCGAUACGACAUGCCAUUAAUAAUGGUGCUAGAGGAAUAGAGCACGGCAAUUUCAUUGACCCCAAUACAGCGAAACUCAUGGUUGACAAGGGUGUUUAUCUAACCCCGACACUAAUCACAUACGCUGAAAUGGCGAGUCCUAAUUGGGAGGGGUAUCUACCUGUUGAGUCCCAGACAAAGAACACAGAGGUUCUACAGGCUGGGUUGACGGCACUAAAAAUUGCGUCUGAUGUAGGUGUUAAGAUGUGCUAUGGUACUGACCUGCUAGGACCCUUGGGAGCCGCACAAUCCAAGGAAUUCAAGUUGAGAGCUACGGUCUUGUCGUCCUUGCAGGUCUUGCAGAGUGCUACGAUCAAUCCGGCUGAGAUGAUGGGUUGUGCGGAUACGCUCGGACAGAUCCAGUCGGGAUUCAAAGCCGAUAUUCUGUUCUUAGAUGCUAAUCCUUUAGAGGAUGUGUCUAUUCUGGAUGAUCCGGAGAGAUUUAUCUUGGCGAUUAUGAAGGAAGGAAGAAUAUACAAGAGCCGCUGGGAUGCUGUGGAGGAAGAUGCUGACAUUCCUGUUAGGGUUAAAGCAACAUUUUAA